CGUGUCGUCGCGGGCUACACACACUUUCGUGUUUAUCGGUAGAAGAAGGGGAGGAAAAAGCCGCGGUCCUAUCUCCUGGCCAGUGCGUCCCGAGAUUUCGUUGUGAGAACAGCACGUUUGCUGUCGGUCAGGUUCCCUCCGGACGCUUCUCUGAACCUUCUUUUCUCUCUGUCUCUCUACCUCUCUCAACGGUUCGAGGAAGAAAAAAGGAGAUCAGGGAACCCUUGAAAUUCGUCGCAAACCGACGACCACCGACAUGGCGUUCGCAAUCAAGCUGCUGGUAGUCACCUGCGGCCUGCUGCUAUUCGCCGGCACGGUUAUAGCUGCUGAAUCGGAGGAAGGACAGACUGGAAGAUCCCGAGUCUCCGACGAACAACUGAACAUGGCCCUGAGCGACCAGCGUUACUUGAGGAGACAGUUGAAGUGCGCUAUGGGAGAAGCUCCCUGCGACCCCGUCGGAAGACGACUGAAGAGUUUAGCACCGCUGGUUUUGAGGGGCUCCUGCCCGCAGUGUAACCCCGAGGAAGUACGACAGAUCAAGAAGGUACUUUCACACAUCCAACGAAGCUAUCCAAAGGAGUGGACCAAGAUAAUACAGCAGUAUGUCAGCGGAGUUUCGUAAGUCGGAUGGGAUGAUAGGAACGGUUGAGAGAAAGUUGAUACUGCUAGCUGAACACGCCGACGAGAAACAGGUGAAACGAAAGACCUGUCGUUUAAACGAUUGGCAUCGACGAUAAAGCAAAUUGUACAGUUUUUAAAACACCUCCUUUGAAGAAAAAUAAUUAAUUCUGAACUUGUGUAUCUUAGAUUACGAUCUCUUUGAAUUGAUAUUAAAAUCGUAUCAAUUUCUA